AUGGACCAAGGGCAUUCCCUGUCCUGGUCGGACAUUCCUCCGUCCAACGACGAUGAUUUCACCAACUUCCUCGAGUUCGGAAUGCAGUUUCCCGACGUGGACGCUCAACCUCAAUCGGACCAUCACGUCUCUCGUCCAUUGAUUCACGCUGCCACCAUGUCUUUGCCCGUCUCGACCGCCGCUGCGCAAGAGCAAUUGGUUAGCUUGGAUACUGGCGGCAUGACUGCGUCCGCUUCGUCGUACAGCCCCAUGAUCAACAACGAUUUUGCCCUGGACCUUGCCCAUCACGGACAACAAGGUCAGCCACGUGGCUCGUCCUUCUCGACCGCGCCAAUGCCCCCGGCCUUUUAUGCACAUAAACCACCCAUCUACCAUCCUCAUCAGCACCCACCAAUGCCGGAUCAGUCACACUCGGUAUCGCAAUCUACACAGUCCAUGCCCCAAUCCUUUGUCCCCCAAGGCAGACCGGUCAUUCCUCCCACUCCGAAUAGUGUCGAGUUUCAUGGAAAUGCUGCUACAUUCCCGCAGCGGGCGGACGAUACCCGCGAAGUUUACGAACGAUUUAACCGUGUCAGCGAUGAACAGGCUCUUUACACCCCGCUUGUCUCGCCAGCCAUGACGCCGUUGGAAGCUCAGUUUCGUCUUCCUGAAUACACGAUUCCCGGAGAGUACUUCACCCCCCUCACUUCACCAGCUCUCGAGGCACAGCACACGAACUCAAGCAGCUAUCCUUUCCAUUCCAGCCAGGUGUCGGAGCUGGGGUUUGUCCCUUCACCUGUCGACAAUCCCCUUACCAUGGCGUCCAAUCAGUCGUCCCCGGGGCUGAUACGGAAACAUCGCCGACAGCCGUCCAGCACCAAGUCCUUCUCGGCCCGUGCGAAAAAGCAGCAAUCGCCCUCUGUUCGGCCACAAACACGCAAAAAGUCCUUGAUGAGCCUCAAUGCCGACGAGCUUUUGAAUAGCCUCAAUCAAGACCAGGUUGCGAAUGCCACCCAAGCCUCCGGCGAGAGUGGACUUCUUUAUGCCAGCAAUGAGAGCUCCGGUCAAGAUUCGGUCUCUCCAGAGCCUCUCUCUGAGCCCUUAAUGCCCCCGCCUGCUUUGCCUCCCUCGCGGAGAUCGCCGGCCGUUCGCCCUCAGCCAGUUCGACACUCAGAACCAAGUGAACCUGCGACGCCGGCAAUGCUCAUGCGCAUUCAACGGUCGCCGCUUUCGACCAGUCAAACAGUCCCUCGAUCAAACCCCACUAUCUCGGAACCCCAUGACGACGUAAUGGAAGAUGUGGUCCUCCCCGAGGCCGCAACUUCGCUGGCUCCUUUUACAAGACCGCAGGUGGCCCAAACCUCAGGAAGUACGACCCCAGCUCCGGAGCCGAAAUCUGCUCCGGUCGUCAAUCGAAACACCUCCUUGGCUCCCAGCCCUCGCUCAAUUGCUAUGCCUUCGCCGAGCGGCCCACUGCCCAAGAAAACGGACACACCCAAACUCGGUCCGAUAGGGCGGAAGCGACAGAGCUUAAGUUCCUCGCAAGCUAGUCCCAGCCUGCGUCCCAAAAUUAGUCCCAGCAUCCAACCGCUAGUCCGUGGAGACGCAAUAUCGAGCGAAACAUCGGCUCUGUACUUGGCAUCGAAGUCGAACUAUCAGCACAUUCUGGACGGCACCCUUUUGCCCGGCGUCUCCUAUCCCGAGACCUUGGCAGAGAAUCUCAGCUCGAAGCGGACCAACCACAAAUUGGCCGAACAGGGACGAAGAAACCGCAUCAACAACGCACUCAAGGAAAUAGAGACACUCAUUCCUCCGUCUUACAUCCAAAUGAAACAUGCUAAGGAGGCUGCUGCUUGUCCCCUCAAGGGAGCCGACAAAGAAAAAGAAAAAGAAAAAGCGAAUAAUCAACCAAUCAGCAAGGCCAGCACGGUGGAGAUGGCAAUCGAUUACAUCAAGAGCCUUCAGCAGGAGCUUGAAGAGACUAAGGGCAAGCUGAAUGCCGCGGAGAGUCGUCUGCGAAACUCGGAAGCCAAGUCGAAGCAGGCCAACGCAACCGCAGGCGUGGAGAGUGGGCCGGAAGUACAAUCUACAGCUGGAAGUAGUGAUCGUGACUAA